GGCGAGUUCGACUUACCUGCCAUAAUUGACUACAUUCUGAAGACAACGUCUCAAAAAAAUUUGACUUACAUCGGAUUCUCUCAGGGUAUUACACAAUUUUUGGCAAUGGCUUCUUUAAAACCCAAGUACAACAAUAAAGUCACCGUAGCUGUCCUUAUGGCUCCUAUAGCGUAUACGGCCAAUAUAAGAUCCCCGCUGUUAAGACCUAUAAUAAAGAAUAUGAACAGAAUAAAAGAAAUUUUAAACAAAUUUGACAUACAUGAGAUACUAGGGUAUAACCAUUUGAUGGCUAAGAUACUCUCGUGGAUAGUUUCCGAUGGAUCUCCCCUCCAACAAUUCGCUACCCAUCUGGUGUUUUUAAUAUAUGGAUAUGAUAACGAUCAGCUAAAUAAAGUAAGAUGCUUUCAAUUAUUUUAA